AUGACUGUUCCUGUGUCUGUGUCCACGUGUCCUGAGUGCGUGUGUGUCUCCACAUGCCCUGACCCGCUCACCCUGUACCAGCUGAGCCCACAGCCCAUGUGCAGGUGUGUGCAGGGCGGCUGCACAGCGACGAGCCAGGGGUGCUUGGCCGGCCAAGGCCACCGCCUCCACGAGCCCACGAGCCCACGAGCCCACACUGAGGGCUGGGGGCUGGAAAGGCAGCCGAAAGUCCAGCAGGGCAGGGGGCGGGCAGGGGGCGGGCAGGGGGCGGGCAGGGGCCAGAGGCUGGACGUGCGGAUCACGCUGGGCUCCCCCCGAGAACACGUGCUCCAUGACAAACCUGAGCAGCUAGACCUGCAGGACGGGGUUGGGAGGAAAGCACAGCAGCCCAAGUUCAGGCUCCAGGCCCAGGCAGCUGAGGAUGAGCAGCAGGAGCACCCCUGCCAUAACGAGCCCAGGGCUUUAAGAAAGCAAUCCAGACCAGAACAGUGGGUAAAGCCGAUGGCUGUAGCAGGAGCCAAUCAAUAUACCUUUCAUCUUGAGGCUACUGAGAACCCAGGAGCUUUGAUCAAAGACAUCCGGGAGAAUGGGAUGAAGGUUGGCUUGGCCAUCAAACCAGGAACUACAGUUGAGUAUUUGGCACCAUGGGCUAAUCAGAUAGAUAUGGCCUUGGUUAUGACAGUGGAACCAGGGUUUGGAGGGCAGAAAUUCAUGGAAGAUAUGAUGCCAAAGGUUCACUGGUUGAGGACCCAGUUCCCAUCUUUGGACAUAGAGGUUGAUGGUGGAGUAGGUCCUGACACUGUCCAUAAAUGUGCAGAGGCAGGAGCUAACAUGAUUGUGUCUGGCAGUGCCAUUAUGAGGAGUGAAGACCCCAGAUCUGUUAUCAACCUGUUGAGAAAUGUUUGCUCAGAAGCUGCUCAGAAACGUUCUCUUGAUCGAUGAAAUCUCAGCGAGUCCAGUGUUUCUGCU